UACUGCUCCCAGUGCUUGGCUGGCGGGGGAAGGUCUGAGUUGUAUCCGGGAGGAGACCCUUUGAAAGGGCCCAUGUGAGAACUGGGAAGAGGACGGUUGGUUGUGUGUCCGUGCUCGUGGGGACUCUGUGCGUGUUUGCACUGGAAGGAUGUUGGGGAGAUGUAGUGGAUUGUGAACCUCCUGUAGCGCUGCCCGGGGAAAUCUUCGAAUCAGUUCUCUUCUGAGGAAAAUGGUGCACAGAUCUAGCUCAAGUUAUCCGUCCUCUGAGAAGUCUUCCUGUCGCUUCCACUGAUCUGAGACGCUCCCGAGGCUGUUAGAGUGUUUUAUGAACCCUUAGUGGCAGAGGGGACCGCAGGGGACCGGGACCCGACUACUUCUUGUAUACCUGGUCAAAGUGGCUCCAUCUCUCCACCCUGGGGUGGCAUCCUUCCAGGAACAGGAGUUGGAAUUCCAGUAUGGCCGAGGAGAAGAAGCUGAAACUCAGCAAUACUGUGUUGCCCUCUGAAUCCAUGAAGGUGGUGGCAGAAUCCAUGGGCAUUGCUCAGAUUCAAGAGGAGACUUGCCAACUACUGACAGAUGAGGUCAGCUACCGCAUCAAGGAGAUUGCCCAGGAUGCUUUGAAGUUCAUGCACAUGGGGAAGCGGCAGAAGCUCACUACCAGUGACAUUGACUAUGCAUUGAAGUUAAAGAAUGUGGAGCCACUGUAUGGCUUCCAUGCUCAGGAAUUCAUCCCUUUCCGUUUUGCCUCUGGUGGGGGCCGGGAGCUUUACUUCUAUGAGGAGAAGGAAGUGGACCUGAGUGAUAUCAUCAACACCCCUCUGCCUCGGGUGCCUCUGGAUGUCUGCCUCAAAGCACAUUGGCUGAGCAUUGAAGGCUGCCAGCCAGCUAUACCAGAGAAUCCACCCCCAGCACCCAAAGAGCAGCAGAAGGCUGAGGCCACAGAACCCCUCAAGUCAGCAAAGCCAGGCCAAGAAGAAGAUGGACCCCUGAAAGGCAAAGGUCAAGGGGCAGCUGCAGCUGAUGGCAAAGGAAAAGAGAAGAAAGCACCUCCUUUGCUGGAGGGAGCCCCUUUUCGCCUGAAGCCCCGCAGCAUCCAUGAGCUGUCUGUGGAACAGCAGCUGUAUUACAAAGAGAUCACAGAAGCCUGUGUAGGAUCCUGUGAGGCCAAGAGAGCGGAAGCUCUGCAGAGCAUUGCCACCGACCCGGGGCUCUAUCAGAUGCUACCACGGUUCAGUACCUUCAUCUCGGAGGGGGUCCGUGUAAAUGUGGUCCAGAAUAACCUGGCCUUGCUCAUCUACCUGAUGCGCAUGGUGAAGGCCCUGAUGGACAACCCCACACUGUAUCUAGAGAAAUAUGUGCACGAGCUGAUUCCAGCAGUCAUGACCUGCAUUGUGAGCAGACAGCUGUGCCUGCGGCCGGAUGUGGACAAUCACUGGGCACUCCGGGAUUUUGCUGCCCGUCUAGUGGCCCAGAUCUGUAAGCAUUUCAGCACAACCACCAACAACAUCCAGUCCCGGAUCACCAAGACAUUUACCAAGAGCUGGGUAGAUGAGAAGACUCCAUGGACAACUCGAUAUGGCUCCAUUGCAGGCCUGGCAGAGCUGGGACAUGAUGUGAUUAAGACGCUGAUUCUGCCAAGGCUGCAGCAGGAAGGGGAACGGAUCCGCAGUGUCCUGGAUGGGCCUGUGCUGAGCAACAUUGACCGUAUCGGAGCAGACCAUGUGCAGAGCCUUCUCCUGAAACACUGUGCCCCAGUACUGGCGAAGCUGCGCCCUCCACCUGACAAUCAGGAUGCCUACCGGGGAGAAUUUGGGUCCCUUGGGCCCCUUCUCUGCUCCCAUGUGGUGAAGGCCAGGGCCCAGGCUGCUCUACAAGCUCAGCAGGUCAACAGGACCACACUCACCAUCACACAGCCUCGGCCCACACUGACCCUCUCGCAGGCCCCUCAGCCAGGCCCUCGGACCCCUGGCUUAUUGAAGGUUCCUGGUUCCAUUGCCUUGCCUGUCCAGACACUGGUGUCUGCUAGAGCUGCUGCCCCUCCGCAGCCUUCUCCUCCUCCAACCAAGUUUAUCGUGGUGUCCUCGUCUUCCAGUGCCUCUUCGACCCAGCAGGUCCUGUCCCUCAGCACCUCAGCUCCUGGCUCAGGCUCUACCACUACCUCUCCCGUCACCACCACGGUUCCCAGCGUGCAGCCCAUCGUCAAGCUGGUCUCCACGGCCACCACCGCACCCCCAAGCACAGCCCCUGCUGGCCCUGGCAGUGUUCAGAAAUACAUCGUGGUCUCCCUUCCCCCGACAGGCGAAGGCAAAGGAGGCCCUCCUUCUCAUCCUUCUCCAGUCCCUCCUCCAUCGUCUUCACCAUCCCCACUGGGGGGCAGUGCCCUCUGUGGGGGAAAGCAGGAAGCUGGGGACAGCCCCCCUCCAGCUCCAGGGACUCCAAAGGCUAAUGGCUCCCAGCCGACUGGACCUGGCUCCCCUCAGCCUGCUCUGUGAUAGCAUCACAUCUGCUGACCUCCUCUUGUGCAGAUUCCUCCACGCACCAAGAACGCGGGAGGGAGGAGGUUGUUUCCCCUAGUGACUUUUCUUUUUAGAUACUGUACAGUAAGUUCCUCAGAAUAAAAGUUGGAUUUGUAAGUU